CAAAUUACAAUAUACAUAUUAUUACCAUACUAAUCUGUGCACAUUACCAAAAACUUAGUUAUAAUAAAAUUCAUGAUGUUCUUUCUCAAAUAAGAAUAUUUAGUAAGUACUUACUUGUUUACAAACUACAAUAAAACCAAGUAGGUAAUUUUUAAUAUUCAUACUCUCUGAGCUCUGAAGUAUGGCUAGAACAAAAGCAUCAGUUGGAGCAAAAGUCUCAUCCGGAAAGAGCAGCAAAGCAAGAUGUAGUGUUGCACCACAAACAGUCAACUUAGGGUCAUCUGGAAGAGAGAAAUCAUCAAGAAGCAGUUCAGGAGGUAAUCCUGUUUGUCCCAGGGAAACUCCAAAGUGGCAGAAACCAAUAACCACAUUUUUUGUUGCAAAUCAAACAAAAGAUUCUGAUGCUGAUGAGAAUGAAAUUGCUGUUGCAGGUAGUUCAAAAUCAAAACCAAAACGUAAUGUUAUACUUUCCGAUAAUGAGGAUGAUACAGAGGAUGAGAAACCAGUCAACACAGCUUUAGACGAAACAAUAGAAUUGGAACCUUUGACAGGAGAAAACAGUCAUAAAAUAGAAGAAUAUUACGAAAAAAAAGGCAAGGGUCAAGGAAAGAAAAGCAAUAAAGAGAAUGUAGAUGCAAAUAAACAGAGUAACAAAAGGGAUUUGGAUGAUGUUGAGGAGACCCAAGUUAUUAAGAAACGAAAAGUUGCAUGAUUUAUUAUGAGUUUUGUAUGCUAAAAACCACCAUGUAGUCGUUGGGAGUAAUUGUUCCACAUUAUACAUUUUGUCACUUUUAGGGUCAAUUUAUAAGCGAGAGUCGAAGCGAAGCGAAUUCCCAA